AUGAAUGGCAUCGGGGACGACCUUCUCCCCGUUAACGAGAUCUUCGUAGAUCAGCUCGAAGCGCUUGGCUUCAUCGUCACCGAGGAUGGCAGAAUCCGGUACAUCGGCGCCCCGGACCAGGGCCCCCGAUUCAAGAUCAACCGGAGUGGGCGCAUUAACCUGGCCCACAUGGACGCCUUGCAUAGGGCGAUCCGGACCAUGGUCAUGGACCGGCUUGUGGGAAUGGGCAUGGACAUCGUGCAGAUUCCCGUGGACAACUGGCGUCGGGUACCCAUCCUCAUGACGGGUAACGUCCAGAAUGCGUCUCGUGUUGUUGUCUUCUGCGGCGAGGUCGUUGAAGACCUGGGCAUUCUCUCAUACCGUGACCUUUGCGACGACGGCUUCCCUUACGGUUCGAUCGUAACCUUUGCAAGGGCUCUGCUUGGCGAAAAUGCCUCCCGUUCGAGCACUUGUCUCAUCAUUGCGAACCCCGGCCACAAGCUCUGGUACAAUGAAGGUUGGCGCGCGGUGACCGAAGACACUUAUCAUGGUCAACACGCCUCCUCUUCUGUGGGCCGCGAGCGUCCAUUGAGUCCUCGUAACCACCUUUACAAUGGCGGCGUCAAUCAGCAUGUCCGAAAAGUCUUUGAAAGAAUCUUGAUCGGUAAAAACUGCCAAGUCAACGCCCGGAUCGACAUCGUUGGCCAGUCCGAAGGCGGCCACGCUGCUAUUAGCUACCUGAAGAGUCGAUGGGGUUUCUGGUCGCCUAACAUCUCCUCCCUGACGCUGAUCAACCCUGAGAUCAUCGGUAAAAUGGAUACCAAGGUCGAUGAUCUCAACGAUCCCAAAUCAUUCGCCUGGUUCAUGAAGAACCGCUGCCGUGGCUGGGCUGUCUCUGAUAAGCCGAUUGGUACACGUUUGCCCGGUCUUGACGACCUUCACGGCGGUUGCAGCAUUUACUCGGCCGGCGAAGUCACCAAGUCAGCAUGCAUGAUGACCCGUGGCAUUGCACACAUCUUAACCUGGAUGAACAUCAUGCACCACUGCCCAUUGGCGAUCGAGAAGUCUGAUGAUGUGAACCCAGGUGAGCACGAUCCUAGCAUCGUAGUUGAUCCUGAUUCACUGACCAGCACUCUCGUGGUUGAUGAAAUCCCUGGCAGCAAGGCUGAACUGUGCACCCUAGGUUUCCGGUACGAGAAGGAUAUCGCGGAAAUGACGGAAGCCCUCGUGGCUAGUGUUAAGUUCACCGAUGGGAGCAAGGGAAGCGCUACCUUUUUCAAUAAUAGAAUGAAGCGCCACAACAAUGAGAUGGACGACGACGAGGUUAAUGAUGAUUACAACUGUGAUAUUUCUAUCAUCAUUACUCCCCCGCCUGCCUCUGAAGUUACCUCGUCGGUUCCUGACGCUCCUGCUGCCGCCUCUCCUGCCGCCGCCCCUCCUGUCACGGCGCCUGACGCCGUUGUGGAAGGAACCUAUGACGAUGUCAUCAGAGGACAGGUUGGCCCGUUCGACCUUGGUGAUCUGCAAGACAUUCGCGAGGAGGCCGAAGAGUAA